UCUGUCUGCCUGCGCCACAGGACAGCAUUUUGGAUCAUCGAGAAAGUCGCCCCAAAACUGACUGACGGGUUCCCCUCCCUCCUCUUCUCUACGUGUCGUCACUCUCCACGUUUUCUCUGUCGCCGCAACCCAAGGAAACGAAGCGCAUACACACAAUGUUGGACACAUUCGAGAUCCUGACCACCUCGGGCGUGGUUCUCUGGUCCAGGACAUAUGCGCCCGUCAACCCGUCCGUCAUCAACAACUUCAUCGCCGAUGUCUUCAUUGAGGAGAAGGGCGGCGCCGCCUCGAGCCAGUCCGCGGCCAGCAACCCACCGUACAAGCGCGACCAACACACACUCCGCUACACGUUCGUCAAGGAACUAGGUGUCAUCUUCGUGGCCGUGUACAGAUCGCUCCUCCACCUGUCGUGGAUUGACAAGCUUGUCGACAACAUCAAGACGAUCUUUGUGGACUUGUACGGCGAACAGCUGACGAAGCCCCAUACGACAUUGGUCGAAUGCCACAAGUUCGACGAGUACUUUGACCAGCAGGUCCGAGAGCUCGAGACAACGGGAGCCAAGGGCGAUUCCAACAUUUCGGAAGCUGAGUUCGCCAAGGAGGAGAAGACGCUGUCCGGGAACCUCGGCGAUGAUCCGCCCCUCCCCCCGGGUCUGCAUUAUAGGGGACGCGGUCUGAACGGCGCGAACGCAGCAUCGAACGACUCUACACCUGUCGCGACGCCGACGACUUCGCGGCCCUCGACCCCCGGAACCGGCGGCGUUGUGGUGGGAAAGGCCGGGCCCGUGGCCAAGAUGUCGCGGCGCGCGCGCAAGGCCGGCACCUCGGGCCCCGUGUCGUCCGGCGACGAGUCCUCCGGGAGGCGGCCCAAGGUUGCGACAAGGUCAUCGACGAAGAAGGGCCGCAAGUGGGAUGCCGACGGCAUGGCGGACGAGGACGACGACGUGGUGCUGGACUACUCGGCCGCCCCGAAGUCGGCGACGAGCGACUCGGAAGCCGAGACCGCCGCGCGCUCCUCGGCCGUCGAGCACGUCGACCACACGACGUGGGGUUCCAAGACGGCAAAGGGGCAGUUCGUGCUCAAGGACCUCGACGACGAAGUGCACAACAUCCUCGCCUCGGCGCAGGCCAAGAACAGCACCGCGUCCAAGGCGGAGUCGUCCUCGACGGGCGGCGGCGGGCUUAUUGGGACCGGCCUGAGCACCAUCGGCGGACUGUUCCGCAACGUCGUCGGUGGCAAGACUCUCACCAAAGCGGACCUCGACAAGGCCAUGAAGGGCAUGGAGGAGCACCUGCUCAAGAAGAACGUGGCGCGCGAGGCGGCGGUGCGGCUGUGCGAGGGCGUCGAGAAGGAGCUUCUGGGCGUCAAGACGGGCAACUUCGAGAGCAUCAACGCGCGGAUUCAGGCUGCCAUGGAGGCGUCGCUCACAAAGAUGCUCACGCCGACGUCGUCGCUCGACCUCCUCCGCGAGAUCGACGCCAUCACGGCGCCGCCCGCGACCUCGCUGCGUAGGGCCCGGCCCUACGUCAUCUCCAUCGUCGGUGUCAACGGCGUCGGCAAGUCCACCAACCUUUCCAAGAUCUGCUUCUUCCUGCUGCAGAACAAAUACAAGGUUCUCAUCGCCGCCGGUGACACGUUCCGUUCCGGUGCCGUCGAGCAGCUCGCCGUCCACGUCCGCAAUCUCAAGGAGCUCACGAUCCGCGAGGGCGGCCGCGUCGAGCUGUACCAGAAGGGCUACGGCAAGGACGCCGCCACCGUCGCCCGCGACGCUGUCUCGCACGCCGCGCAGGAGGGCUUUGACGUCGUUCUCAUCGACACCGCUGGGCGGAGACACAAUGAUCAACGUCUCAUGUCGUCGCUCGAGAAGUUUGCCAAGUUUGCCCAACCCGACAAGAUCCUCAUGGUUGGCGAGGCCCUCGUCGGCACCGACUCAGUCGCUCAGGCCCGCAACUUCAACGCCGCGUUCGGCGCCGUCCGCACCCUCGACGGCUUCAUCAUCUCAAAGUGCGACACGGUCGGCAACAUGGUCGGCACCCUCGUCAGCCUCGUCCACGCCACAAACGUCCCCGUUCUCUUCGUUGGCGUCGGCCAGCACUACUCGGACUUGCGCAACUUCUCCGUGAAGUGGGCAGUCGAGAAGCUCCUGAGCAGUUCUUGAAGGAGAAGAAGAAGAAGAAGAAGAAGAAGAAGAAGAAGAAGAAGAAGAAGAAGACAUGGGAAACAAAACCAAACCCCACCUCCCUCUGUCACCAUCACCACUACUAGUACUACUACUACCACCUCGGAUGAGGGGACGUGUAAAAAGAAGAAAAAGAAACAGGUAGUCUCUUUUCUGGGCGGGGAUUGCAUACAUAUACCUCUUUCUAAUACGACCUGAAUGAAAUGAAGAAGACAAGACAAAACAAGCGUUCAAGGCCCGAUGAUGUCUUCCUCCCUCUCCAAUAUGGGCAUUCCCCAGAGCUAUUCGUCUUUAUUGAUCAGCGACACGUGAUCCAUAUUGAUGUUUCGGAAUGCUGCUCGAGAUCUUGCCGAGAGGCGCACCAAUCUCGAACCCC